CGGGAAUGGUUUUCUCCAAGGAGAGAACAUUUGUCCCCUCAACAGAAGAAGAAAGAGAAAUACUUGCCAAUCUAAACAGAAAAAUACACGGGAAUGACCUAGAAGAUGACUUCUUUACACUUGCCGAUGGUCUUCGUGAGGAGCGCGACGAAGACUCCGACUUAAGCAGCGGUAUCGAGAUGUCUGAUCUAGAGAGUGACUGCUCACACAAUGAAGAGCAGAAAACAACAACCCUACACGCAAAAGAGGCAGAAAAAGAAAAUGCAUCAGCAAAGUCUGCUUUGCCAAAGGAUUGCUUUGCCUCUCUUAUUGACCAAGUUAAUAAGCAGAGUGGUGGGUCUUUCUCUGCACUCUCAAACAUGUUUGUCAAGGAGAAAAGAGUAAAAAAUAAAAGGCGGCCAGAAUCAUCAAUUGAGGAGUGCAACAGAAUUCUCAGUCGAUUGGGGGAAUAUUCUGCAAAUUACAUAAAAGAAGAGCCAGAAGCAGAGCCUGCGCCUGUGGCUAAAACACCCAAAAAACUAAAAACUAAUGAUAAGUGCGAGAACUGGGAAGAUGCAACUACUAAUUCAAAUAGAAUUAAGCCAAAUAUUAUAUAAUGAAAUGUUCUUAUAUUAAUAAUACAGUGA